CAUGUGUGCAAUUUAAUUGAAGCCAGAUGUUGGUUGUAACAUGGCUGCAUGUUUUGGAGACCAGCAAUGAGUUUGUCUACUUGAGGUUGAAGUACACAAUCACUCUAGCAGCAGUUUGACUCCAUUGUCAAUGAUUCUCACGAGUUUUAUAAUGCCUAUUGAUUGAAAACAAAAGGAUGGAAGCAUGUUGCUAUGGUAAUCAGUAGUUUGUUUCCAUGGCAAUAAAGGAAGUUCCCUUGGACUUGUGGUGUGAUCAUAUAUAGGAGAGCGCAUUAUCAAGUCUUGUGUCAUUUCAUCUCCAGUCUCUGUGUGUGUUAACUUUCUUUUAUCUGGAUUACACACCAACUUGGACAAUGUUUAGAAGCUACUACAACUGGGGUGAGAGGUGGUAUGUAUGUACACCAAUCAUGGACAAUCUAACUGCUGUCACUGCUGGGGGAUCCAGUCUGUUUGACCUCACUGGGAAGAGGCUUGCGAACGCAGGAUCUAGCAUCACCUCAUUUGCCUGCGAACCAAACCAGGAUGACAUCAGACCUCCUCGAAGGGUGUGCUAUGAGAACACGUACCAGCUGGAGCCUCCCGCAAAGUUCCGACCUGACCAGGUGAAGCCCAUCAUAGAGAAGGUGCUCAGCAUUAACCUGUCAGGUAAAAAGUAUGAUCCCAUCGAGUGCUCACUGCUUUGCAAAUGUCUCUCUGAUGACAUCAAGGCAAAGGUGAAGGAACUUAAUUUCAAACGGUACAAGAUCAUUGCUCAGGUGACAAUCGGGGAGAAGAAGGACCAGGGGGUUCGAGUGGGCAGCCGCUUCCUGUGGGAUUCGGACAGGGACAACUUUGCCUCAGCAGAGUUUGACAACCGCAGCCUCUACGCAGUUGGAAUGGUGUAUGGGGUCUACUUUGAGUGACCAUACUGUGUGUUGACCACAUACGUCAUUACAUGGGACUUGGACAAAAUGGUUGAGUUUUGCAUCACUGAGUCAAACAUUUGUGAUAUAUAAAUAUAAGUUAUCAUAUUUGUGAUGUCAUUUGUUGGUCAGCUUUGAAAAUGCCAGUGAGUUAUUAUGUGAUAUGCAAGAUUAUCAAGUCACUGGGUAUGUAAUGACAUACCCAGUCCAAGGAUGCUCUGACUUACCAGAUGAUCCUUUGUCUCAUGACUUCAAUGCAAUGACAAGGCUGCUGAAACAACCACCUACCAUCAAUGCAUCGUAUUUAGUCUACCAUUCUAAUGAAGUCAAAGGGUCAUGUGAAUGAAAAGAUUUCAAUGCCUGAAGUCAAAAUAGAUAGUGCUUCAUCUGAUGUAACUACAUUCACAAGUGAAUAUUGGUCAGUUUUUGAUAAACUAGCAUCUAGCAUUUUGUUUACAAAUUAAAAAAACAGAAAUGCAGUAAACUAUGGUUAUGACGAACCCAAAGGGACCACUUAUUUUAGUUUGUUAUAACCGUAGUUUGUUAUAAGCAUAUAUGCAGCAAAUGGCCAGGACCAAAAAAUAAUUCGCUAUAUCCAUCAGUUUAUUAUAAUCGUGUUCAUUAUAAAACAUAUUUUACUGUACUUCACUCACGUUUUAAACAAGACUGAAUUAGGAUCUAAACAAAGACUAUGUAAUGUUGUUGUGUGUUGAUUUGAGUAGACAUUAAUUGGACUAAGGUCCAAUGAUUUGAUACUGCCCAGCUUGUCCAAGGUCCAUACACUGGUCCAAUCAUCACCAGGAGCCUUGAGGAUUGUCCCACCUGGAGGUGUGAGUUCAGGUCAAUGAGGUGUGAUCAAUACAGGCGUAUGUCCAUCGGUCAGCUGCCACUACUGACCAGUAAGGUGUUACAGUAUUAAAUACAUCAAUACUCUAAUGUUAGCUCAGUUCGAGUGGGGGUCUAAAAGGAGAGUUAUUCUCGCAUGUUGGAGUGGAUUGGAUUGAAUAGUGGAAAACACUGACAUAAAGUAAAUACGUGCUGAAGUGUAUGCUUGCUGGUCGUCUUGGAAAUGUGUUUGUUUUACGAAGUCAUUAUUAUAUUGUACGUGUUGAAAAUUGUUUAUGAGGGUCAUGAAAAGUGCCCUAGUUGUGUUUGUGAUUGUUUUAUAUUCAGUGACAACUUCUGCAAUAAAUGUUGUUUUUAUUC